CUAAGUCCCUAGGGACCAGUUUCUUACAACACUAUAAACCUGGACUCUGGACCUCGUCCAUCAUCACUUGAGACAUGCAAAGAUCACAGGCACGACAAGGACUGCAUCUACCAUCAAAGUAUCUGUCGCUUUAUCGUAAGCGACAUGGUUUUCAUCCCCUGUUUGAAAAACGCUUGACAUACGGAUAAGCAUUUGCGACGUCCUCUCAAUGCGCGCAAAUAUGUUUCUCUGAUGCGGGUUGUCAUGAGCCUGGAAGACCAGAGGCCGACAUCUUGAUCAAUACACAGGCGCAAAUUGGCCUUCGGAAAUUCACCUCCCAGGAGACCUCUUCUAACUGCGACGUCGAUUCAACAUGUUUCGCAAAGCCUAUGCCUGGCUACUUCGCCAGUUGCAUGCCGCAAAACCUUCAAUUCCAUCGAAGAAACCACAUUUCAACUUCAUCUGGGCGCACUACUCCUGGAUCGUUGGGAUGACCAUUCUUGCGUCGAUCCUCAUCUACGCGACCAGCGAAGGCCAGCUCCAUUACAUUGAUGCCUUAUUCUUCGCCAGUGGCGCAAACACCCAAGCUGGCCUGAACACCGUCAACGUCAACAAGCUCAACACAUUUCAGCAGGUCUGCAUCUACAUCUUCAUGAUGACCUCGAAUCCUAUCACCGUACACUCCUUUGUCGUCUUCCUGCGCCUGUACUGGUUCGAGAAGUUCCUCCGAAGAAUGGUGAGGAAUGCUCGUGCGAGGAGAGCAAGUAUUCCCAAGUCUCGGACAAGAUCCUUCAGUUCAAUCCGUGAUGGCCGAAACCUGGCCGAGGCGGGCGUCGCCGGAAGGAGCAUCACAAUGAUGCCGAACUCGGGUACAAGGAUUCCCAAUGAGGACAUGGUCUUCAAGCCAAAUCCAUCGGAUGACGGUCAAGAUAGCAACGAAAAUGAGACAUCUAAGCCCACUACCGUGGAACCCCCUAGUGAGGGCCCUCACUCGGCCGAAGCUCAAUCGCCACACCAUGCGACACAAAUCACCUUCUCCCAUACGGUUACAAGAAGUGAUGGUCUAAGCACAGCUCUUGCUAAACUCUCACCUCCUCAAUCGAGCCACGAUAACAGAGUCGCUAUCAGGCCCCGACGCGGCAGCCAGGAGGUGCUUCGAAUUCCCAACCCGAGGGACGCCGAACUGGGAAUAAAGCCGAUGCCGGUAGAGGACGGACAUGCAGCAGAAUCCGAGGAUGAGGCGGACGAGCAAAAUUCUCAUCUGGGAGGCUCAGAAGGUGCGGGGAUCAGGGCCAACGCACACUCCGGGGGCACAGCUGCCCGGCAGCGACAGCAGCAGACUAUCACUAUCGCCGAGCCUCCACGUCCUCCCAACCAUGCCAGCCAAGCAGGGCGACAGGAUCACUCUGAAUCUCAACCCGCAUCACGGAAUGGGACCGGGGGGAAGUGGUCUCAUGAGCUUUCCAUCUUGUGGAAUGUCCUAGAGCCUCUCAGAUUCCGGAAGCCCCGGAUCUUCCAGAGCGGCAACAGGACGUAUCACGCCACAGGAGAUGACGAGGAGGCGGGCCGCGAUGUCCCCAGACCACACCAGAGGGCUAGGCGUCCCACAUUCGAUGCCAUCAAGGGAAUUGUGUCCAGGGGGCAAGUCGAUGAUGCCCCCUAUCUCAGCUGGUCCCCCACGAUUGGUCGAAACUCCCAGUUCCUAGAACUAUCCGAGGAGCAACGCGAAGAACUAGGUGGCAUCGAAUACCGGUCCCUCAGGAUCCUGGCUUUGAUUCUUGCCGUCUACUUUUGGGGCUUCUGGCUUUUCUCCCUGGUCUGCCUCGUGCCGUGGAUUAGGAGCAGCGCCAACGAGAGCUAUGCAAAAGUUGUUGAGGCGGCCGGGGCGUCUAGGACUUGGUGGGGUUUGUUUACUGCCAACUCGGCCUACCUGGAUGUCGGGUUCACUUUGACACCGGACAGCAUGAUCUCUUUCAAUCAGUCUCGCUAUGUACUCAUGAUGAUGGCCUUCGUCAUCAUCAUUGGGAACACGGGAUUCCCCAUCAUGCUCCGGGCGAUUAUCUGGGUCAUGGCACGUCUAGUGCCCCGUGAUAGUGGUGUGUGGGAGGAGCUUCGAUUCCUGCUGGACCACCCUCGUCGCUGCUUCACGCUCUUGUUUCCGACUGCAGCUACGUGGUGGCUGUUCUGGAUUCUGGUCUCACUCAACGCCAUCGAUCUUCUAUUUUUUGUUGUUCUUGAUCUCAACGAACCGGCCGUCAACGAGCUUCCCGUCAAUACCCGUAUCGUGAACGGGAUCUUCCAAGCGGCCUGUACGAGGACGGCGGGGUUUUCUUCCAUCAGCAUUUCGGCCCUUCAUCCGGCCGUCCAAGUGUCCUACAUGAUAAUGAUGUACAUCUCCGUUUUCCCGAUCGCCAUGUCCAUACGUCGGACGAACGUCUACGAGGAGCGAUCACUCGGCAUCUAUGGGUCUGGCGAGGACGACGGCACUGGCGACGAGUCCAGUGGGCUGUCCUUUAUCGGAACACACUUGCGUCGCCAGCUCUCAUUCGAUUUGUGGUAUGUGAGUCUGGGGCUUUUCGUGCUGACAAUCACGGAAGGCUCGAAGAUCAAGAGGAACGAGUUCAACGUCUAUAGCUUGCUCUUCGAGAUCAUCAGCGCCUACGGUACCGUGGGACUGAGCCUGGGAUACCCCGGCGUCGACAUGUCUCUGUCUUCACAGUUCAGCACUGUCGGCAAACUGGUUAUCAUUGCGAUGCAGAUCCGAGGACGCCAUCGUGGACUUCCGUACGCCCUCGAUCGGGCUGUGCUCCUGCCCAGCGAAGACCACUUCAAGGCAGAGGGACAAGAGCUGCAGCAGGUUCUCAGUCGCCAGAUGUCCACGGCCACAGCUCGCAGUCGCACUGCGGCGGCGGCGGCAACUGGAGUAGACGUGGGGCGUGGGCGAAGUAUGCAUCGAGGUCUUAUUUCUUCGAUUUUUCACCCAGGACCGCCCAUGUCCCGGGACCCACGGACCAGAUCCCGCAGGCGGUCGCCGGACGGUGAAGGGGACAGGCCAGACGGCGGGGGCUUGCAACGUCGUCAUACAGAGCCAGCCGACACUGCCGAGUUGGGUCCUUACGAUGAGCCUCAUGUGAGGGCACGGCGCAUUGUGACAACACCAGUGCAUUCGAAUUGAUUUUACUUGUCGAGGAGUUCGAAGUUCGGCGUCAUUUUCUCCUUAGAGUAUAGAGAAGGGUCGGGUAGGGGUCUAUUUCCAUGGUGUUACACGUCGAAGUAUUGGACCAAUUUUCAUAUAUUUUGUUUUACUCGUUUUGUUCUACGUAUUUUAUUCAUUGUGUUUUUUUAUUAUCACCAUGAUUCUUACUAUUUUUCUUCUCCAGCUUCUUGGUCACAUUCUUAUGAAAGGUGAUUUCUAGUUGUACACUACUUGGGAGAUGGGACAGAACGGGCAGAAGGCAGUUCAGGGGUUGGCUCUGGGUCUAUGAAGGUCUCCGAGAAUAGAAAAACUCGGCCCAUAUUGUCUGUACAUCCUCGUGG